AGCGACCAUUCAUUUAUUAACUGCCCAAGCAUUUUCUGCAACGCUUUCCUCUUGGCCCAUAAACUGAGUGUUUGUUGAAGGUACAUCUUCUUGAGGAUCCAGGUUACUCGAACGGUACCUGGACAUUCAGCUUGAGAAUCAGUGACAUCCUCCUCUUGCCAUCCUCAUUGCGCAAGAAGACAAGAGGUAAUCUCGACAACGCAUUCCCCAAUUCACUCCCAAAAGAAGAAUGGCCACUUUGCUCACCCUCCCUUCGCACCUCAUCGAAUCCAUUAGCCACCUACUACGCGAAGAUCUGGAACUGCCAGACAACUUGCGAGAACCUUUGCUGGAAACUAUCAAACAACCGCAAACAUACAUUGUCGCUUCCUUAGAUACCAGAAAUAGCUUAUAUACACAAGAUGAUGGGGACAUAGACGGAAAACAAGAAGAUUCCACAGCCGUUCCCCGGCCCCCAACGAUAGACUAUGAUCUGGUGGAAAGGCUGUCGCGGUGGGCAACCAGUGAUAAAGGAAAAAUGUUACUCAACAGAAACGGGCUUGAUCCAUCGCGGUAUACGGACAUAUCAUUGUUGAGCGGUACAGAAAUUUACGUAGAGCCCAAAGAGUUGGCGCGUUUGCAAGCUGCCGAGAAUCCAGAAAAGCCCAAUCCAUAUCUUCCAUCAUAUCUUUCCCCUGCACCUCCAUCAUUCGGCUCAGAAUACCGCAACCUUACUCGCACUCUUUCCACCGCAUUCAACGUUAUUUUUUCUAUCCUCGGAUCCUCGGGGGCCGUCUACGUCGCCGCCGUUUCGGGGGCAGGGUAUUCUCGUGAGAAAGGAAUCUUGCUCGGGAUCCUUGCCGGACUCAUAGUGGGAAUUGCAGAUGGAGUGUUGGUGGUGCUAUUCAUGAGUAGAGUGGAAAAGGACAGGAAGGAAAGGCACGAGAGGGGAAGAAAGCUCAUGAAGGGAUCGGGAAAAGCUCUAGACCAAAUAGAAGACCAAGCAGAAAUCGAGGAAGAAGUGCAGGAGAAGCUGCUUGCAAAAGAAGGAAGCGAUUCGACAGCAGUAUCAGCCAGACAAAUUCAGUUGCGAAGGCGAGGACUAAAACCUUCAAAUCCAGAAUAGCAUAUGUGAAGCAUGAUCAACAGUUAUUCACAUAGCUACGCGCGUUAUACGAAGACAUCAAGGCAUUAUAACACACCCGCAGCAUCGAAUGCUGACGAGCUUUGUAACGCUCCAGGUUCUCGAGGUCAGGCAGAUCAUUCCGGUGAUCACUGAUGUCCACGGUGAAACCAUAAUCAUCAAAGAACUGAAAACAUGGGCAUUAGCACACAUACCAUGAAAUGCCAAUUAACGUGAACUCAAGUUCGCUAUACCCCUCAUGUCCUCUACCAAUGUCUUCACUAAGCUUACCAAGAACUCAUAAGUCAAUUCGAUGGGUCUGCCCGUAAUCUCUUCGUAUUUCUUUUCGAGAUCAUUCAUUACCUGCAUGGGCUACAGCGCGAUUCAUGUACUUGCUGGGGUUCGCGAACGCGAGUGCAUCGAAUCGGCCGAUAUUGCGACAGCUGAUCAUCUGAUGCUUACACUACGGGUGGUGAUAAAACGUUUUGCGGAUAAAAAGAUGGUACGGGAAAUCCUAAACAUGAGGGGUGAUGUUGGGAGGAGAUUGCCAAGGCACUGAGUGGGUCGUAAAAAUGUGUAGGGAAUUUCGGACUUUGGAGUCAGCAGAAAUAUCUAUUGAGAGAGAUGCGAAGAGGAUCAAGACUGAGAAUAAUCAGACGAAGAGUUGACAUGCUGAUUCACCGUGAGGUUUUGAUGACAGGAAUGGGUGGGAAGAAGAUCAAGGAUAAUAAACAUGCUCGAAACAAUUGAUAGAAGUGAAGGCCGAACCGGAGAACGACGUCAUGGAGGCUAGGGUUGAGGUUGUCGACGAGACAGCGAAUCCUAGUGCAGAAAAUCAGAAGAGUGCAAAGGGACAGUGAUGGGGACAUCAAAGAAGGGAGAAGUUCUUGACAGUUGCUUAUGACCUGUUUGACCCGUUAGGGACUUAAGGCAGUGCGGACCACAGGUCAAGGAGCCCGGGGAGUACGAGUACAAAUGUCCAUAUGAUGUACAAACAUUAAACGACAAUGCUGACAGAAACCUUCUUACGCGAACACAGGACCCGACAGCUUGACCUUCUCAUCAAUAUCUGUUUCGUACUUGGCAAAAGCCUUCUGGAACAUGUUGCCCAACUUAUCCAACUCGGCCUUGAAAGCCUCCUUGCUCGGCCAGGCCUUUUCGGGGUUCAAGAUGUCACUGGGCACACCCUCAACAGCCUUGGGAAUGGCGAGGUUGAAGAUGGGGAAGUUUUCGUACUCGGCUUUGGCGAGAGAGCCGUUGUGGAUGGCGUCGACAAUAGCUCGCGUGUACUUGAGAGGGCAUCGUUUGCCGGUACCAAACUUGCCACCAGUCCAACCAGUGUUUAUCAACCAACAGUUGACACUGUUCUUCUCCAUCCUUUCAGCGAGCAUCUUGGCGUACCUGCCGGGGUGGAGGACGAUGAAGGGCUGACCGUAGCAUGUAGAGAAUGUUGGGGAGGGCUCGACGAUACCAUCUUCAGUACCGGGGGUCUUGGAGGUGUAACCAGCGACGAAGUGGUACUGAGCCUGCUCGGGGGUAAGUCGGGAGACGGGGGGAAGGACACCGAAGGCGUCGCAACAGAGCAUAAUGAUGUUAGAGGGUUGACGGUCUGCGAUACAGGGGAUUUUGGCGUUAGGGAUGUACUCGAUGGGGUAGGCACAUCGAGUGUUCUCGGUGAUGGAAACGUCGUCGUAGUCGGGUUUACGAUCGGCGGGGUUGUAGACAACAUUUUCGAGGAUAGAGCCAAACUUGAUGGCAUUGAAGAUCUCGGGUUCCUACAAGG